AUGAAGCGAACCCAAGUGACCGACAGCAAGAAAUUAUGGAAGCCCGGAGUUCACGACCGUAUCUGCAGUUUGCAUUUGGUUGGAGGCAGGCCAAUCCCACUACCUGAUCAUCCAGAUUAUGUCCCAUCUCAGUUCUAUUUCACACCCGCAAGAAAGACCACACCACACCCCUUACACAGAUUUGAGCGGAUGCAGAGGAGAUGUUGCUCAAGGCGGUCGCUAACUGAGGAGUUGGUGAAUGAAUCCACCCAAGCGACAGCCAGAGAUGAUCAUGAGGCAGUUAAUGCUCUACUCGAAUUAGGCAGCGACUUGCCAAGUUUCAGCGAAAAAGAGCCAGAUCCUCUUCUACAGAGCUUUGAAGAAUUGCAACAGGAUUACAACAUACUACAGAAGGAGUACCAACAUUUAUUAGAUGAAAAUUCCAGGCUUAAACAGGAAAAUAAGGGACAGCAUGUUCACAUACACAAACUUGAAGAGUAG